AUGCUCAAAGCGCUACCGAGAAACAUGACAAUCGGGAUGCUAUGGCCUGACGAUCCGGAGUUUUUCUCCAUCGUUCAUCCGUACUGGCACAAGUUUCCGGUACCAGAUCCGCUGUACCAUUACUUUGUCGGUGCAUUUAUCACUAUCAUGUGCACCACAGCAAUCUUGGGAAAUAUUUUGGUAAUAACGUUAUUUUCACUAUGCAAGCAACUGCGCACUCCAGCGAAUCUUCUCAUCAUUAACUUGGCAAUUAAUGAUCUGAGUUUUUCCAUGAUCAAUGGUUUCCCAUUGAAAACUAUCUCAUCAAUCAAUCAGAGGUGGACUUGGGGAAAACUGGCUUGUCAACUAUACGGAUUCAUUGGCGGUGUGGCUGGAUUCGGUUCUCUCACCACCAAUGCUAUGAUCGCUUUGGAUCGUUACUUUGUCAUAGCACAACCGAUUCAGGCGUUCACCAGAAUGUCGUACUUACGUGCCUUUGUGAUGUUGGCUAUAUGUUGGAUUUGGGCUUUGCUUUGGUCCUUGCCACCCUUCUUUGGAAUUGGCUACUACAUACCAGAAGGAUUCCAUACCUCAUGCACAUUCGAUUACUUGUCAACGGAUCUGGGAAACAUGUUGUUCAAUGCUGGAAUGUACAUAUUUGGAUUCAUGAUGCCCUUGAUGGUCAUUUGCUACUGUUACUACCAGAUUGUGAAAACAGUGAGAAGAAAUGAGAUAGAAUUAAUGAAGAUGGCCCAAAAACUAAACGCUGAAAACCCAACAUCGAUGAAAUCCACGGACAAAAAGGCUGACGUAGAGGCAGCAAAAACUUCUAUCAUUCUGGUGUUACUCUAUCUGGUGGCCUGGACACCCUAUGCGGUGGUUUGCUUAAUGGUUCUGCUUGGUAAAAUGGAUGACCUCAGCCCCAUCGGUUCCGAGUUGCCUGUUUUAUUUGCCAAAACAUCAGCCGUCUACAAUCCGAUUGUUUACGCAAUCCGACAUCCGAAAUUCCGCAUGGAACUGGAAAAACGUUUCCCAAUCCUACUAUGCUGCUGUCCUCCAAAACCAAAGUGGUUCAUAAUUCUCAUAACCGGGAUGAGGGAUAAAUGUAUAAUCACAACGCUUAAACGUGAGAAUUCAGAUGCGUCCAACGUGCGCUGGUGGAAUAGUGGUAACACGUUCGCCUCGCAUGUCAGGUGUCCGGAGUUCAAACCCAGGCACGGCCAUUUGAUAUGCACUGCUGAUGAGCUCUAA